CUUUUGCCGACGUCAAGGCUGCCUCUUAUAGAGCCAUCUCUUAAAAGAGAAUACUUGGAUAAACACCAAUUAUUUACCACAGAUUUGUUAAGUUUCUUUGGAAUUUACAUGCACAAGCCUACUGGGCUGCUCAUAUGUGCUUGUAAAAACAGGAAAUCGUUUGCUCUGAGGCUCGACAGAUAUGAGUUGCAAGAUGUCAUCAACCGCUCCGAAAGAAAUGCUCUCCUUUUGUCCAGCAAGCAGAAGGAAGGAUUACACUACAUAAACUAUACCAAUCGGCCAGGGUUCAAGUUCAGCAAGCCACAUGUAGUGGUAUGGUCUGAUUUGCAGGAGGAAAUCACUCUAGAAUGCUCGAAAAGAGGACUCAAGGUAGUCUACGAGAUAUCGAUGCCUGACUUCAAUAAUAUUUUCCCAUUGUUGCCUGUCUACUUAGGCAUCAGAGAAAAGGGUAUAGAUCGCGCCUUGGAUCUGUCUCAAAAUGAGUAUAUUCGGUAUCUGGCAGACGGUGAGCAUAAAAUCAUUCUAUUUCAGCGACUCUACUCGGUACAAGAACAUUUGACUUUCCAGCUGGACGGCUUGUUGCCCAACGUGUCCAAUGCUAUUACGGACUACUUGGCGACUAAACAUCAAGGUGAUGUUGCUAUCUUUAUCAUCGAGUGGUAUCGAUUGCAGCUGAAACAAAGCACCAACUAUAAAGACGUCGAGCCAAAGGAAACUAGUGCCGACUUGGCUGAUUUCUAUGGAAUAUUCCCGGAAGUCCUUGGAGACACCUUACCGGAGGCCAAAGAGAGCGAUUUAAAUCCAGACAACGAAAUCGGUAUCACGGACGUGCAAGUACAUUCCACUGAUGACCGGAUUGACAUGUCUUCUAUUGCAAUUCCGGAGCCGCAUGGCUCGUUGAUGCUCGCGUGGCAGGUCAAGAACAAGCAUGUGCUCGUUGUAGGUGCUGGGGAUGUUGGAUUAUCUAGGGUGAAUCAUUUAUUGCAAGCAGAUGCACAGAUCACAGUGGUGGCUCCAGAAAUCCAUCCGUCGGUCCGCAAGUACUCUGAGUUAGGACUUGUCAAAGUGAUAGAACGCGAAUUCAGAAUGGAAGAUCUUGAGAUGUAUCAAGAACCAGGAGACAUCAGCAAGCUGGAUAUCAACCACGAUCGCGACGAAAUAGAGCGCAUUUCGAGCGGUCGGUUUGCUAUGGUGCUCACUUGUCUCAACAACUACGAGCUGAGCUUACAAAUUUACUAUCGCUGCCGGCAGCUGGGCCUGAACGUUAAUCUUGCUGAUAAACCUAAAAAUUGUGAUUUUUAUUUUGGCUCUACCUAUAGACAGGGUCCGUUACAAAUAAUGAUCAGCUCCAAUGGCAAAUCCCCCCGGUUCACAAACAGACUAAAAGAACAUAAGAUCAAACCCGUGUUUGAACAACUGGACAUCCGGAAAGCUAUAGAGAACCUUGACUAUCUGCGUACCGCGCUGCGCACCAAGAUUCACCCUGGUGAGUCACCGGAAGUGAUAAAGAACCGCAUGGAGUGGAAUAAGAAAAUCACCGAUUCGUAUUCUAUCGAGGAGUGGACACAAAUGGACAAGGCCCAAAUUGACAGCAUCUUAGCAAACUAUGCUAAUGUAUAA